CACGAGAUGAAAGACCUCACAACUGUCGAACAUUGACCUCGAACACAGAAUGCUUUCUAUUACGAUGCUACGAUACAUCAGUUUGAUAUCAAUUAAUAUACAGCACUAAUUCUAGACGCGCAAACCACUACUCCAGCAUCAGCGAUUUCGAAAUCUACCCCUCCAAAUCAUCAUCAAUGUCCGAAUGCUUCUCGACAAUCAACCACAAACAUGCCUCCACCACCUCUAGCUCUAUCGCCGGCGCUCCCAUCCGAACUCCUUACCUAUGUCCUCACUCACCAGAUCUACCCAACGACCCUCCUAAUCUGCCAACCACGCAACGUCUUCCUAACAUCUCUCCUCUCUUCGAUCCCACAACCUAUUCAACGCCAACCACCACCUCCAGAGACUCAUCUUCCUGAUCCCGAAGAUGAAGACCCACCCCCUCGACAUCCACUCCUCAUCCCUACACUCCAUCAAAUCGCCACUUCUCGAAGCGUCAAUGUAGUCUUCAUACCCACUGUCUCCCAUCUGCGAGCUUACCUAUCCGUGUUUCCUCCGCCGACAGAGAAUGCCAGCCCACCAGAACCGAAGCUCGACAAGCCGGGUAAGGAAGUGCCGUUGUUAGUUGUGUAUGGACUUGUAGAUUUACAUCGAGAUACGAGUGAGUGGAGCGCGCAGGGGUUUGGGAAUAGUGUUGCGAGUUUAGUGGAAGCUGGGAGGAGGGGCGACAGAAAAAUUGUUGUCAUCGAGGAGAAGAAAGAGGAAGACAGCAGUUAUGUUGUAGAAGGAGAAGAGGUUGAGCGGAAACCUGGAUGGAAGGUAUGGGAUGAAAGAGUGCCGAUGUUAAAUGGGAAUAUAAGACGAGCUGGGUUCGAGAGCGAGGAGUCGGCGUGGAGUGGAAGGACGAUUGAGAUUGGGAGGAUAUAUGCUAGGUGGUUCAGGUUUGGUAGAGGAGAUUGGGACCUUGAGGAGUGAUUGAUGUUGCUCGAAUCAUGUCUGGCAUUGUGAAGGUCAUUAUCAUUGCUAUCUCAACAGGUAUACCCAACGCCAUUUCCUCCCUCCACGAUAGUUUCCCAGAGCUCGGACACAGCAACAAUUAUAAACAU